GGCCUCCUCCGACUCCUCCGCCUCGCGUCCGCUCACCCGCUUUGCCCUGGUAGCCUUGCUCGCUGCGCUCAUCAGUACAAGGCUUUACUAGACUGGUUCUGCAGCCGAGCACUGAGAGGAACCUUAUGCUCCUUCUGCGCCGUGCUAGCCGCAAUUGUCACGCAGGCCGACAGGUCAAUUGGACUCGGACGUUCAAGGCAUCUACUUCGCUUCGUGUAGCCCCCGACACGUCAGAGACACAGGCGAAGCCGCGCAGGAGACGUACUAUCACACAGAAGAAAUACUCUGACCUACCAGAACCACGGUCGUCACCCGCUCCGCUGCAAGAGUGGAACGGAGGGCUCAAAGACUCGCCUACUGGGCCAGUCGACUUAAAUGGUACUCGUAGUAGCUCGAUACCUAUCGCCAGCGAAGGCUCUGUAUAUAUCUUGUCUGGCCAUAAGGAUGAGACGGCAAGUGAAAGCACACCGCUUGACCGUGAUGCGCUCGGCGAUGUGACUGAGGACUCAUUGACGCAAACAUCAGUCAAGAGCAGACGAGGACGUAAACCCAAGACUCUGCCCAAGGAUACUGAGUCUACAGAAGUGGUUAGUGACACCCGCCGGCCAAGGAACCUACUUGCGACCGAGAUACUCCAAAAUCUGCAACGGUUUCCUCAUUGCAUCCUCCUGACUCGUGUCGGUCAAUUCUACGAGUCGUACUUUGACCAAGCAAAAGAAGUCUCUCGAUUGCUGAAUAUCAAGCUGACUCAGAGGACAUGGGAUGGGCAACGUAUCUGGAUGUGCGGCUUCCCGCUGAUGCAUCUCGACAAGUACCUCAAGAUCCUGGUCCAAAACCAGAAGCGCUUCGUCGCGAUGUGCGAAGAGUUUCCUCGCAACCCACAGCUUGGCGCGAAAGGUGGCUUCGACAGGCGUGUCGUGCGCAUCGUAACACCGGGAACCCUCAUUGACGAACCGUUCCUCAAUCCCUACGAGAACAACUACUUGCUCGCGAUCGGCCGGCCCCAGUCUCACACAGACUCCGAGGAGGGUGACGGUCGGAAUCAUGUCGGCCUCGCGUGGAUAGAUGUGUCAACGGGAGAAUUCUUCACCAAGACAACUUCUCUCGAGGGGCUGCGGGACGAACUCGUUCGCGUCAGUCCUCGAGAAGUCGUCCUCAGCAAAGGGAGCGAAACGGAUGAGGACCAUCGCAUCAAGUUGGCCAUUGACGAGGAGGGCCUGUUUGCGUCAUAUUUUGACGCGCCUGUCUCCGCGGAGUUGCAGACUUCAACAUCCCUGCAAGACGGUGUCGAUAGCACGGACGACGUCACGGCUCAUCUCGAUAGUGAAGCCCGAGGAUCAUCAGUUGUAACAGAGCCGGAGGCAAGAGCCAUCAGCUUGCUGACCGUGUUUAUGCGAGCAAACUUGCUGGAACAUAUGCCACUGCUCUCAUCGCCGAGCAGAGAAACGUCGGCGAGAAGAAUGCAGAUUGACUCGCAUACCAUCAAAGCUCUUGAGAUACGGGAAGGCCUCAGUGAAGGUGGGGCUACUGGGAGUCUUCUGAGCGUUGUCAAACGUACCGUUACCAGUGGCGGAGCUCGUUUGCUGGCACGAUGGUUGUGCUCUCCGAGCACGUCUCUCAGCGAGAUCAGUGCUCGCCAAGCUUUGGUGGCUUUCUUUCAUUCACGUCCAUAUCUCCGUGAAGACCUUGUGCAACUCCUUGGCGACAUCGAGGAUACCACCCGCAUAGUGCAGAAAUUCUUACUGGGACGCGGGCAGCCUAGCGACUUGGCUGCCAUCUGCAACACCGUUCGGACAUGGGGUAGAAUCAAAGGGCGCGUCGAACUUGAGAAGACCAUGGAGGACCGGGAGCGAGGCGCAGUCUGCGAGAAGGACUGGACAAGCAUAGAUGCUCUCAUGCAUGGCAUGCACGAUCUCCAACACCUAGUGACAAUGAUAGAAAAGGCUAUACCUGCAUCAGAUGGUACCGAAGCUGAAGUUGGCGUGGAUACUCCUGCGGAGGAAGGUGAAGACGCGGGAACUGCCCUGAACGCGCUAUCCGCUGGUAUGUUGAAUGCAGCGCAGGGCUUCGGAAGUGUGAAGUGGACUAUUGAUCCAAGCUUCUCCGCGCAGCUCCUUCAACUGCAUUCUACGCUGCGAACUUUACAUGAACGCAGAGAACAGCUGGAGCGACGCCUGCGAUUGCAAUACAGUGCGCCUUCCCUCACCCUCCGGUCGUCUCCAGGACACGGCAUGCACGUGCAUAUAGGUAGAGGAAAGCGAGACUCGAGCAAGUUGAAAGCCUCCGAUCUCUUCGUGCCUAUCUCAGAGAGCGGCAGCACGAACACUUUCUUCUUCAGAGACUGGUCGAUGCUCGGUGCCGAAAUCAUGAACACUGUAACGGCUAUCUAUGUCACUGAGAAGGAGGCUUUUGAGGCGUUGCGUGCAGAGGUGAAUCUACAUGCGGGGCGUCUGCGCUCAAAUGCCCGCAUCAUAGACGAACUCGAUGUGACGCUUGCCUUUGCUACUCUUGCUACAGAGAUGAAUUUUGUGAGGCCGACGCUGACAGAAGACCUUACCUACCUUGUCACGAAUGGCCGCCAUCCCACCGUGGAACUAGGUUUACUCACAUCUGGACGGAAUUUUGUGCCGAACACAGUGUCGUUCGCUCCCGAUUCCCGUCUACACGUCAUUACGGGACCAAACAUGGCCGGGAAGUCUACGUUCCUCCGACAAACCGCCCUCGUUGCGAUAUUGGCUCAGAGCGGCUCUUUCGUGCCGGCCGACGCUGCUCAUAUCGGGAUUGUUGACAGGGUAUUUUCGAGGGUUGGCGCAAGGGACGACCUUUUCCGUGGCAGAAGUACCUUCAUGGUGGAGAUGUUGGAAACAAGCGAGAUUCUCCGGCGAGCGACGCCAAAAAGCCUGGUCAUCAUGGAUGAAGUUGGAAGGGGUACAACAGUCGACGAUGGUCUCGCUAUCGCCUUCGCCGCUAUCCACCAACUGGUCUCUGUGAAUCGUUGUCGUGUACUAUUCGCUACGCACUUCCACGAGUUGGCCGACAUGCUAGACUGCUCCGAAGAUAACAGAGGCCAGGGUCCUUUCGAUGCUGUGAGUUUCUUCUGUACUGACGUAGACGAGACGGAGGACGGCUACUUCUCGUAUUCGCAUCGAAUGAGGCCUGGCGUGAACCGGGACAGCCAUGGUCUCAAAGUCGCUCAACUGGCCGGAUUGCCCGAGUCUGCCGUCGAUAUCGCACGGGCAGCACUUCGGCGACUCAAGGAGAAAAGAGCCAGUGAACGGCACACGGACGAUCUGCGGACCUUGGGACGGACUGUCGCAUCCAAUAGUAAUGUAUAA